AUGCCGUAGCAAUUCUCGGACUGACAGAUCCAAGACUCUGCUACUUACUGGAUGGAUUCCUCUUCAUUUACGCCAUCGUCAUGACGGCCCUUUUUGUGAAAGUGAAGCUCAGCCAGCCCUCUGAACCAGCGCUGCGGCCAGGCCAGGAUGAUGUGUACAAUAAACUGUCGCGUGGACACCGAGAUGAAUAUGAUGUUCUGGGGGCCAAGCGAGGCGCAGACCCUGAGCUGGGUGGGAGACACCAGCAGAGAAGAAAGAACCCUCAGGACACCGUCUACACUUCGUUGCAGAAGGACAAGAUGGGCGAGGCAUACAGUGAAAUCGGGAUGAAGGGAGAGCACCAGAGGCGGCGAGGCAAAGGGAAUGAAGCUGUCUACCAGGGGCUCAGCUCGGCCACCAAGGACACUUACGACGCCCUCCAAAUGCAGCCUCUGCCCCCCCGCUAA